UGUAUAGGGGGAGCCACACAAUACGAUGGCAUAGUACGUGUAUAGGGGGAGCCACACGAUACAAUAGAGUAAUUGCGGGAUAUCGCUACAUCCGUCCACAUCGUGGCAUGCGAAUAUGUUUAAUAAUUUUCAUCAGUUUUACAUUGAUAAAUCUAAGCAGAUUUACAAGUAAAUAAAUAAAUGAAAUAAAAUAGAAAUAAUUUUUUUUUUCUUGUAUCUUAUUUGAAAAUGGCCCCAAGACGACAUAUUGAUGCAACUGACCAGUGAAAUCGGGGAAGUCAGCCCAGGGCAAUGAGCAAGACAUCAACGUUGAAAGGAAUUUUCUAAAGAUAUGUAAACCUGUUUUUAAAAAUUUAAUAACAGAGUAAGACGUAUUUUUCUGAUAACUCUUCCUAAAAUCUGGGUCAUAUACAUCGAUCAGGGAACAAUCUGACUACACCAUGGUGAUGGAGGGGGGUAAGCGUUUCCUCUACUCGUGAUGGAUGGUUAUCACCCUUAACAGAUAAGGGUCAUCAUUUUAUCUCCAUGAAGAACAAAUUGCUUUUGUAUUGGUGAAGUACUUUUAUAUCUAUGUAGCGUGUGUGCACACAUGAAUAAUGCAAGCUGCGUAAUUUUUUUUUUUUCGUUCUUCCAAUGAAAAUUUAAAAAAAAACGUCUUUGUGUGUUUAUAUAGAUAGAACACUAUUGAAAAAGUAAACCAUUAGUUUUUCAUUGUACAUAUGAAUAAAAAUAGAGCUUUGGUAUAGACGAACCUUUAUUCCCACGUUUCAUCGAUAAAAUGCAGCCAUAUUAUUGAACUUUAAAUAGUUCGGAAAUUUAAAUCAAAUAUCUACAUUCUAAAGUCUGGUCUAUAACAAGCACAACAGUGUCAUGUUCGCCUUGGAGAGGGUUUAACAGGAAGUCUCUAGCGGUGAAAAUUGAUGACUUGUUAAAUCUUUGAAGAAUCUAGGUUUGUUACCGGAAGUGAUUUUCUUACCGGAACCAAACCAAACUUAAUAAAGAUCGCCAAACUGGAUGCAAAGGAAAGUAAGACAGCCUCACAGCUUCUCUACCGUCAGAUGACAAUGACGUCCGAAAAGGAAAAGGCUAAAAAGACGUUUGAUUUUCGAAUGUCGAAAAAGGUCGCUGAAUUGACUCAAGUGGUUCACAUGUUGUUCACCCGUAAUCAUGAGAAAGAAGUGGAAAUCGAAGCUCUGAAGGAGGCGUACGAGUAUGAAAUUUCAUUAGUGCAUGAAGACGCUACCGAACAACUAGGGAAAAUUGAAGAAAAAAGAAAGGAACUGGAAAAGCUUUUGGAAAAGGAACGGAAAGCGGGUCGUGAACGAGUGAAGAGUGCCGUUCAACAAGAAGCCUCGACGAAAGAGGAACAAUGGAAAGAAAAAGUGAAAGCAUUGGAACAGCAAUUAGCUGACGAGAAAAACGAGAGUCAGAAUUUGAGAGAUUUGUUGAUUAAUGCUCAAAAGGAUAUUGAAAAACUAAGACAAGGUGUAGCAGAGCAAUUGCAAAGUAAGAAUGAAGAAAUUCACAGGAAGAAUCAGGAAUUGGAACGACUUAGACAGAAAGUAGCCAAUCUGGAGCAUACUCAAAGCGAGAAUGAGAAACAUUACAAAGAGAUUAUUCGGGACUUAGAGAAGAGCAACGAGAAGUUGGAACGAGAGUUGGCACAACUUCAGGCACUGCUAGAGGAAACUCAUAGAUCAAAAAUGCAUUUUGAAUCAAAAAGUCAAAAACUAGAGACGGACUUAAAAAAUUUGAAAAAGGACUUCAGCAAAAAAGUUUCAGAGGUGGUCGCUAGUCAACGGGCUCAGCAGGCAAGCCAUCAUUUACCUGCCCAGAGACAGUAUACGCCAACCGGAACCAUGACGAUUAAGGGUUUAACUUCGCGCAUGGUGAAGGAUUACAACGAAGAAGUAGAAAAAUUAAGACGGGAAGUGCAAAGAUAUCGGAUGGAGCUUAGCAACAGAGACAAUAACUUCAACCGGAUGUUCACGGAUGGACAACAACUGAUGGUGGAUCCAAGGGCAGGGAAGAUCGCCAUCACACAACAACAGGUGCUUGCUGCCGGCCCCACACAAUCUAAGUCGGACCCCCUCCUUACCAACAGGGAGAAAUCGUUCUCCUAUGCUUUCGUGCAGUCUCUGGACGAAUCCGUAAGCACUGACGGUGUCCGAGUGGCGAAGCGGCCUCCAAGUUCUCGGGUAUCCUCGGCCUCAGGAAGACUUCCGGCUCUGACUCAGGAACAGAAAACACGCCUUACCAAACUCAUGAAGCCUCGCCCACUUCCGAAGGAAAUGCUAUAUGGAAAGUAAGCUGGAUAACCACACAUUAAAACAAACGUCUUCCGCUAAAUUACAAAGCAAUAAUCGUAUCAAUCAAACCGUUCAUUAUAAGGAUAUCCUUCUGACCAAAUGAUGAUUAAACAACAGUGUUAUGAAAACGUUAUGAAGAAAAUACAGAAAUGUUCGUGUAAAAGACCAUGUUUGAUGGCUGCAUUUUAUGAUAUUGUGGAAAUCUUGAAAUGGAUUCCAUAGACUCGUUUACAUGUUCAAAAUACCGAGUCAGCAAGACAAGAAUAUCUAAGAGUUUUUAAAUAUAGAAUUUUGUAUGUUUGUUUGUACAAUCCAUAUGAUUAUCAAUGAAAAUCAUAAAAUAAAUGUAUUAAAUGUA